GGAUCUUCUCUUUAAAAAAAUGGUUUUGUGGAAUGGCUUUCUAGUUUCUCCUUUGACAACCGAAACAAAAGCAUGGGCUGCAUUUUUAUUUUCAUUGUGUCGAAUUUUCAACAGUCAUGUCAUUGAACUCAGUACGACUACAACUCGGAAAGUACAACUAUGAUUGAAAAGAAAUCUGUAUGAUGAUAUGACGUACAGGCUUCAUGAGAUUAAGUGUUUAUAUACUUCAUGAGAUUAAGUGUUCACAUACUUCAUGAGAUUAAGUGUUCACUAUGUUCAACAAAGAGGUCAACAUUGCCUACAAAAGUGUGAUUUAUGGAAGUAGUUUUGUAUCACUUCUGGUCUAUUUAACUGUGGUUCAUUUAUUCAAAAAUUUCCGAUCAGCCAACAACAGAACCUAUAUACACAGACAAUAUGCUGCCUGUCUUGUGGUGACCCAGUUUUUCGUCAUCACCAUGGUCUUUGUUUCCGAUUGGGCGACUGAAUUCACAUACUGUUGCUAUUUCAUGGCCGUAUUGCUGCACUAUUCCCUGACAUCUAUGCACCUGUGGAUGCUUGUGGAGGCCCUCGUUUUGGCUUCAAGUUUUUUUUGCACCUACAGGAUGCAGUCUAUCAACAUUGUGAGCACAAUUUUGUGUUGGGGUUUUCCACUGUUUGUUGUUGCCACUGCGACUGCUACCUACAAAGGUUCAUACACAGCUCAAAGUGUGUGCUGGAUAGAGAAGUCAGUCAUUUAUUCAUCUCUUCUGCCUACGGUAUUAACAGUCAUUAUGAUCAAUAUAGCAUUGCUUAGCUAUGGGAUUUACAUCAUCAAAAGAUCUGACGACUACACAAUAAGUAUGCACAAUGAAACAACCAAAAAGUACUUGAGUGUUACCACCUUGUUGAUUCCUGCUCAGAUGCUGACGGGAAUGGUGGCCGUCAUGGCUAUCACACUGGAAGACGACGGUAGCGUUGUGUUUGUCUACUUCACUUUCGCCUUCAUCGACGGCUGCAGUGUCAUUGGUAUUCUGUUUCUAGCUUUCCACUUCUCUUUCAUCACAGAAGAUUGUCUCACGAUUUUUAGAGGGCUAAAUUUACGUAUACCUUUAUCAUUGCCUGGGAUAAUGGAAGAUCAAAUUGGAAGGCAAGGAGAUAAAGUUCCUAUAGUCACAGCCAAUGAACAGCCACUAAGCCUUCACCAAGAUCUAAGAAGUUCUAGACAUUUCUCGUCAACAGAUGAUCCCAAGUCAUGUGUACCAAACAAAUAAAGUUAUUCAAAGCUACUCUUGA